CAGGCAGUGUGAGUGUUUGUAAAGCAUAUGGUGACUGCUAAUGGGGGACUGUACUUGCUGGCCACUACCAGGGAUGCUACUGGUUUUCAACCUGAAAAGACGUGUUUGCUGAAAAGAAGUAUUUUAACUCAAAUAAAACAAAGAAGAAUGAAGAAACCGUCUGAGUCGUUACCAUUUUAACCCUGUUGAUGGCCAAGGCCUUUUUCAAGUUUGGGCAGAAGUUAAAAAAUCCCCUGAUAACUUGACAGUUGAAAACCAAGGCUGAUUGAUAACCAAAGAGCUGCAUCAAGACUAGAAGAUUAACGGCUUCAGUGAGUCCAGAGUGUGGAUGCAGAGGAGAGUUGCUAGACAGCAAGGCUAUUCAAGAGGCAUUGGGAACCCAAUCAGUUAACCUAAAUAAAUAAGUUGGGAGUUAAAGAGAAAUCACAUUCAAGAUGGCAGCCGAAGCUCUCGGCAACACACUGGAUCAGCUUAAGAAAUACAGGAUGGUUGCAAAGACCUCCUUAACCAAGCAAGCUAACUAUCUCAGUCGGAAAGCAGGCUAUUUAACUGAGUUAGAACUCAGACAAGAAUUUGCAAAGCUCUCUGCCGAUUCAAGGAAAGUUAUUGAGGCCAACGAUGACUACAGGACUGGGUUAGAAGCAGAGCUAGCAGCCAAAGAAGAUGGUAAAGAUGGUGUGCUAAGUCUGGAGCAAGAUGCAGACCUAAGUAAAUACGGCAGUGAAUGUGAGCAAAAGUUCAAUGACGUAAAGCAGAUUGUUCAAACCAACCUCUGGAGCAGAUAUGGAUCAGAGAUGCUAGAGGCUGCUUUUGAAGAAGCAGAAAAAGCCUGUAGGCAUACAUAUGGACUACCUGUGGAAAGCAGUUACUGUGAAGGAUUUGAAAUCCAACAUAAUGUAGUGGGAAAGUUGAUUAAAGAAACAUCUGACGCAUUCGCAGCCUGGGAGUCAUGGAUUCCUGCAGCAGAGGAAAGAGACUUUCGAAAGCGAAGCAGGGAGCUGAGAGUAGCUUACAAUGAGCUAGACAUGAGAAAAGGUGAAUUUGCCAGAGCCCGGAGAAUAUCUGUGGAGAAGCAAGGCACUGGCGUGAAACAAGAACACACUGGACCGACAAUACCAGUAGUGAGAAUUAAACCAACCAAACUGCCCACGUUUAGCGGCUGCAAAAGAGACUUCCACCGCUGGAGGACAGACUGGGAAAGCCUUCAGAAGCAGGGAGAGCCUACCGGUUCGCCAGAGGUAAAAAAGAUUCAGCUUCUUGAUAGUGUGGAAGAAAAGAUUGUGAAAGAUCUCCGCUUGUCGACUUACAGCACAGCUGAUGAUGUCUUCAGAGUGCUGGCAAAUAGGUAUGGUAACAAAUGUGCCAUUGCUCUAGAAAUUGUUGAUGAGCUCGAGAAGAUUCAGCCAGUCAGAGGAAAUCAGCCGAGAAAAGUAGUAGACCUUAUUCAGACCAUUGGAAAAGCUCUCGCUGACCUCACAGACCUAGGAAGUACCGGCGCCAUCAAAAACCCACUGGUGGUGAGGUCUUUAGAGAGCAAGCUUCCGGAGGGUUUGAAGAAGGACUGGCUGAUGUUCAUGGUGGAUCCUAGCAAUGAUGUCACUGAAGAUAAGCACUUUGACAUGCUAUUAGCUUUUCUGAAGAAGCAAGAGGAGAUCUUCGAGAGGCUAGAGCACCUACAAAUCACAGACAAGCCAGAGAGUUCAGAUAAAGCAGAAAGGACAUUUAACAAGAAAUAUGCCUCAACUCAAGCCACAAAGGGUGAAGAUGCUGAGGAUGGAUGCAUUAUCUGUGGGGAUGAGAAACAUAAGGACAGGAUUUUCUUCUGCAAAAAGUUCAGGGCUCUGAAGUUAUCAGAAAAGGAAGCUGCUGUGGAAAGGAUUGGUGCAUGCAGGGAGUGCUUAGGGUGUCAUGAGUAUGAUGACGGCUGUAGAGACACUUACCUGUGCAGGAAUGUAGACUGCAAAAAGAGAGGCUCCUCAGAUCACCACUUCUUUCUCUGUCCAAGAGGGAACAGCAAGAGGCGUGAACUUAAGAAACCUCAAACAGAUGACAGAGACAAAAAGAACUUAACUGAGGAACAGAAGAGAUUCUUGGGUGAACUUACCCCCGAGUUAGCUGAGAGGUGCAGGAAGGCCUUCACCAAUAAUUCGUCGAACGUCAGCUGUCCAGCUAAGAACCAGGUGAGCCUCCUCAAAGAAAGUGGAUUGAGAGAACUUCCCGUCAUUAUGAUGUUAAUGGAAGUGACCGCUAAUGCAGGUCAAAAAAUCGGAGCCCUGGUGGAUCUGGCUUCAGACACCAACUACAUUACUCAUAAAGCAGCCAAAAGAUUGAAUCUUAGGAGUGAGAAGAUCACACUAAUUGUGCAUGGAGUGGGUGGAAUGGCUACCAAAGUAGCCACAAGAAGAUACCUCCUCAGAGUUCGAAUCAAAACCUCCAAGGGAACUGAGAGGGCCCAUGAACUAAUCUGUUAUGGGCUGAAGGAGAUCGCCAAAGUUCACCGAGCUGUCAAGCCUGAAGAGCUGACGAGAUUCUUCCCAGAAGUUGAACCUGAGGAGCUGAGGAGACCUGAGCAGAUUGAGUUGCUCAUAAGUCACAGAGAAGGGAGACUUGCCCCACAAAGGGUGAAAGUUGUUGGAGAUCUCGUCUUGUGGGAGAGCCCUCUUGGAAAGACAGUGGGCGGAGCGCACCCUGAUCUGUUUGAGCAAGUAAACAUGACGGCACAUGAGUCAAAGACACACUUUGCUCGUUCUAUGAGAACAGCUGCCAUCAAAUAUGAGGAGAUCCCUGCUGAGGUCCCCUUAAUGACCAAGACAGUUCACAUGCAAGACACCAUCGGUGAAGCUAGGCAUACAGCUGCAACUCACCGUGACGUCCUUGAGUGCAAGGAGGCGCGAAGGGUACUGGAGGAAGACAGCUACAUGGAUGAUGUCCUAACAUCCCACAAUAAUUCAAACAGACUGAGCGAAGUGACCAAGGAGAUUGAGGAAAUUCUACAAGCAGGUGGAUUUUCUCUGAAGCCAUGGGUCCAGUCUACGCAAAGUGGGAGGCAGGAAAGGGGAGUAGCAGACACCACAACGAGGACGCCCUCUGAGACGCACAAAACAUUUGUCCUGCCAAGUCAGUCCGCUGAGGAAGUGGUAACUGACGCCAGGGACAGCAUCAGUAAGCUGCAGAGGAAGGCCUUUUCAGCAGUAAUGACAAGAGGUCAAGUGAAGAGAUGCCGAGGGGUCACCACCCAGGACCACACCAAAGCUGAAGACUCUGUUGAAAAAAAUGAUACUGACCCAACCCACCUGAUUGUCUGCCCUGAUGCAUCGGAAACUGAUCCAGAAAUGAGACAGGGUGAAGUUGUGCUGAGAGUAGCACUUUCAAACUCAGCCUUCAAAAAUCUUUUGGAGGUCAAGAGAUUUAGCUGCUUGUCCAGGCUGGUGAAUGUCGUUGCUUGGGUAAGACAGGCUGCUGAUAGCUGGCUAGGCCUUAAAGACCAGACCCCAAAGAAAUCAAAGUGGGAGGCAUCACCCUCAAAAGAAGAGGGGUUAUAUGAAGUGAAAGAUGAGGUGAAGAAGAGAGUGAGGCUGAAGGUGUGGGGUAUCGUGUUCAGUUGCAUGGCAUCCAGAGCCAUUCAUGCUGACAUUGUCAGUGACAUGUCCGCAGAAGGAUUUCUGCUUGCUUAUCAACGAUUUACAUCACUGAGGGGACACCCCAGCAAGGUAUGGUCUGACCCAGGCACCAACUUUGUCGGGGCCAAACCUGCCCUUGAAGACCUCUAUCGGUUCCUGGAGAAUCUGGAAAGGUCAGGAGUGGAGGAAAAGGUGGCCAAGAAUGGCACAAAAUGGUCCUGGAAGAUCCAUCCUGCAGACUCACCUCAUAGAAAUGGAGCAGCUAAAGCAGCAGUGCGGACUGUAAAGAGAGCCCUCCAGAACGUAGGUGGUAAUGGAGUCUUCACAUGGGGAGGAUUCCAGACCUUUGUGUAUAUGGCGGCCAAUAUGGCCAAUGAGAGGCCUGUAGAUGCGAGAGCACAAAGUCAAGAGGAUUGCAUGGAGUAUAUCACUCCAAACUCUCUCCUGCUGGGGCGAGCUUGAGAGGAGACCCAGGAGACUUCCAGUUUGAGGGUUACCCCUACAAAAGGCUGAGAGUGAUCCAGUCGGAGGUGAAUAAGUUCUGGAAGAAGUGGUGUCAAUUGGCAGGCCC